AUGCUUAUGGAACCGAUUUAUUCAAAGUAUCCGCUGGACAAGCUCGGAACUGUUCGCUUCCUUCUGCCAGAAACGCGAGGAGAAUGCGGCUCCCUUCGCUACCGAUUCACAGUACAGUCAUUGGAUCAGGCUGUACACUAUGCCGCACUUUCAUACGUCUGGGGCGAUCCUAAAUGUUGCGGCGCUAUCCUCAUUGACGGCGUCGUGAGCCACAUCACGCAAAAUUUACUCUUCGCUCUCGAGAAGAUCGACAAGUUACUGGAAUUCAACAUCAAAGAAAGUAACUCGGGUCCAAUUCUACUGUGGGCAGAUCAAGUCUGUAUUGAUCAAUUGAACCCGGAUGAGCGUGCAUCGCAGGUCUCCAUGAUGGGGACCAUUUAUUCUCGCGCAGAGCGUGUGUUCGCUUGCUUGGGAGACUCAGACGCUGCAGAAGAUGUGGCUUCUAUGGUGGAACAGGUUACGUGUCUGAUCGAGGGAGACGUCGCUCGAUACGAUGGACUCUUAAAGAUACCUCCAAUGGAUAGCGAAGGAUUAGCCAUCUUCGAUCGAUUCAACUGGGCUGCUUUCCGCGACAUGCUGCUCCUGCCAUAUUUCAGCCGGGUAUGGAUCAUCCAGGAAAUCGGCCUUUCCCGGCAUGGAGUUGUUCUCUACGGAAACUCUCACUUCACACUAGAUCAACUCAUGCUGCUACUUGCUUGGCUCUCGCAUCCGGGACACAGGAUUCGUCAGCUACACGGGCUCUCUGGUUGGACGACACAUCAGAUCUGGAUAUCCUUUGACACGGAUAAGAGGAACAACACUGCGACAUCCGUACCUCUCGACUUUCUCGACAUUCUCAGCAACGUCUCGUAUAGAUACAAGGCCUCGGACUCCCGCGAUUACAUUUUUGGUCUACUUUGCCACCCGUCAAUCAACGUCCAAUCUCAUGAACGAGUGCCACCCCAGUCGUUGAUUAUACGCCCAGACUACAGAGCUACCGUGGAGACUGUUUUCCUGGACUUUGCCAUAUCUUGGCUCAAAUAUACAAGCAAACCGUACCUCCUCAGCUGUGUCAACCAUGCACCAACCAUCGCCUGCGAGAAGGUAUGCCCCUCAAGUUCAAUACCACAACUCGACCUCCCAUCGUGGUGUCCACGUUGGGACUACAACCCGCUGGGAGGAACACGGCUCAGUGUUGAGCGAACGAGAUCUUGGUACGCAGCUUCCGCAGACUCGUCAUUCUGUUUUCGGCUACAAUCACGAAAUCGACUAGAGGUAAAAGGAAUUGUAUAUGACGAGAUCGCCCAGACUUUUCCUAGUCUUGAUGAAGUGGUGAUUCCCAUUGAUAGACAGACAAGAUCAGAUGAGACAGACCUUACUGUCGAGGAACUCUCCAUAGCACUGAAGCUGAGCUAUUUAUGCGGAAGGAUCCUCCAAUGCAUCAGCCUCAAAUUCAGUCUUGAUGACGAGGAUACCAUAUUCGACUUCGCCUCUACAGUUCUUGCUGGGUCAUGGAACUACACAGAUACGAUAGCAGACAGGGCUGCCCAAGUGGCAAACAUCAAAGCAAUCUCGGGCAUAUCAAACAACGGGAACAUGCUCGCGAUCCCAGACGAAUUCACACUCGCCCUCAAAACCCUGCAGUCGCGUUGCGAACACCUGGAACCAUUGGGCAUCGGAGGAAAUACUGCAUCAUUCGUUAAGAAUACCCAAUACACGAUAUCCUCUCGGAGACUAUUUCUAACAAAGAGGGGCUGUAUCGGACUUGGCUCGACGAUCGUUUCCCCCGGUGACAUUUGCUGCAUCAUAGCAGGGGCCAAUGUUCCCUAUACUUUGAGACCAUCGAACCGAGAAACGUACUCGAUGAUUGGCGAGUGUUAUGUUCAAAGUAUUAUGCAUGGGGAAGUGGUAAGAAAACUCGAUGAGCAGAUGCCGCAUUGGUGCGAAGUCCUACUAGAAUAA